AUGGAUCAUAAAGUGAAACUGGUUUUAUAUUUCAUGGUUGUAGGAGCAUUUGGUGAACAGACUCCAGCCUUCGAUCGGACAGAUGCUCCCUCAGUCACCAUGCCAGACUGGAUGUCUUAUCUCCCAGAUAGCCUCCCCCUCUCCUCCUUGGCCAUACCAGGGACCCACGACACUAUGGCCUUUUUUGGUGGACCUCUCGCAGAAUGCCAGAGCUGGGGUCUACUAAACCAGUUCAGUGCCGGAGUUAGGUUUUUGGACAUCCGGCCACGUCAUUACCAAAACAGUCUUCCUAUUUUCCAUGGAGUGUCCUACCAACGUGUCUACUUCGACCAAGUCCUCAGGGACACGGUUACCUUUCUGACGGAGCAUCCAAGCGAAACAGUGCUGAUGAGAGUGAAGGAGGAGUAUGAACCAUAUGAGAACACCAGGAGCUACUACCAGAGUGUAGCCGAAGUUGUGAGCCAAAUCGGAGAACAAUGGUUCCUAAGAAGUAGUAGCCUCCCCACCUUAGGAGAAGCCAGGGGGAAGAUUAUCGUCCUUCAAGAAUUUUCAUCCAAAGGAGAAGGUCCUGACUUUGGUCCUCCAUAUCCUGGUCGUAUGAGCAUCUCAGAUCAAUAUCAAGUUAGCGAUGAUGCUGUUAAGUGGGCAGAAGUGGAGAGACAUCUCAAGGUAGCCCAAAACGGUGACCCAGAAAGAGCUUACCUGACCUACUGCUCAGGAACCCACUGGCUCCUCUACACACCGGAAUCACUGGCUCGCAAGAUUAACCCAAGAGUGCUUGGCUUCCUGAACACCAAGUCAUCAGUAGGAAGGACGAGGUCAAUGGGCAUUGUCAUAACGGACUUCCCAGGGUCAGAGCUAGUUAGGCAAAUUGUUCUGGAUAACUGGAAAUGA